GGUGUGGGGGUGUGGGUGGGAUUUACAAUUUAAUGUUUAAUAGGUGUGUUGUUUCUUGGUCCUGAGAUAAUCACACGGCAACACUCACAUGACUGGAGGAGCCUGGACAUGGAGCCUGAAGUUAACGAAGGUUCUGUGCCUCCGUAUUACAGAGAGGUAUAUGAAGCGAUCUGCUGUAAGCGCGAGGAUCGAGUGCAGAGGAAUGUGUUCCACACGUUGCUGAACAGGACUGAGUUGCCCACCGCUGUACAGAACCAGAUCGCUGAGAUUAUAGAGUGUAAGGAGGAGCCCAUCUCCAGGUCAGUCCUGUACAAAGCUCUGGUGCUUAUCGCUUUCGCACAACAGGGAAAACAGCCCUCAGCAAAGCUCCUGGAAAACGUCACACAAGACUUUCCGAAACCUGAGCUGGGGGCUCCUGGUGAGCUGGAGGCGGUGAGGAUGCAGGCGCAGGCAAACCCGAUCCUGGUGUGCCGGAGCCUGCCUGAACUCAUGGCCAUCGACACGGUGGAGGUGGAGCUCAUUCCUGAGAAGAAGGGCCUUUUCCUCAAACAUGUGGAAUAUGAAGUUUCCAGCCAGCGUUUCAAGUCCUCUGUGUACCGGCGUUACAAUGAUUUUGUGGUGUUUCACGAGGUGCUUCUGCAGCGAUUUCCUUAUCGCAUGGUGCCCACCUUGCCCCCAAAGAGAAUGCUUCGAGUUGACCGGGAAUUCAUCGAGUCUCGGCGCCGUGCUCUGAAGCGCUUUGCUAACCUGGUCGCUCGUCACCCCUUUUUCUCCGAGGAUGAGCUUCUCCAGGUCUUCCUGUCUUUCAGUGGCUCCGAUGUUCAGAACAAAAUCCGGGAAUCGUUCCGAGGUGUUGGUGAUGAGUUCAUGACGUGUGAAAUAGCAACUACUGCCAAGGAUCUGCUGCCUCCCGACAUCCAGGCUCAGUUUGGGGCCAGCCGGGAGCUGAUCAGGAACAUUUACAACAGUUUCCACAAGCUGAGGGACCGGGCCGAGAGGAUGGCCUCCCGCUCUGCUGACAACGCCACCGAUCUCCUGUUGUUCGGGAAGGAGCUGAGUACUCUGGGCUCGGACACCACACCGGUGCCCUCCUGGGCUUCAGUGACCAGUAACACGUGGGGUUUGCUGAGGCAGGCGCUCAGGGGCCUCUCUGUGGAGUUCGCUUUACUCGCUGAUAAGUCAGCACAACAGGGAAAGCGAGAGGAAGAGGAGGUGGUGGAAAAACUCAGCAUCUUCCUCGAUUUGCUGCAGUCUUACAAAGAUUUGUGCGAGCGGCACGAGAAGGGGGUGUUGCACGAGCACCAGCGAGCGCUACAGAAAUACACGUCUAUGAAGCGGCAGAUGAUGAGUGUGACGGUGCAGAGCAAGGAGCCGCUGUCUGUGGAGCAACUGGAGUCUCGCAUUGUGCAGCAAGAGAACGCCAUCCUGAACAUGGAGCUGCGCAAUUACUUCUCCAUGUACUGCCUUCACCAGGAAACCCAGCUCAUCCACAUCUACCUGCACAUCACGUCUCACGUGCUGACCGCCUUCAUCGACUCCCAGAUCCAAGGCCACAGAGAGAUGUGCGAGGUGUGGAACGACUUGAAGCCGAAGCUGGGCUGCCUCCUGCCCAACGGGACCCCGUCACCCCCUGUGUCCCCAAGGCCUGGAGCCUGGCACAACCCCAGCACCUUCUUCCCCCAGUGACAUUCCACAGCAUUCUUGCGCUGUUGGGGGGGCAAUUUUCAAAGGCGGGAGAGAAGAGGUUGUGCGAAGAGUGGACUUAAUUUUUCCUUUCGCUUCAUCUGUACAACAUUCUGGUUGUUAUUCCUACUUCUCCUGACUUUGGUUUGAAAGUUUUCCCGAGACUCAGGCUUCUCAGUAGUGAGUAAGUUUCCUCUUCUCCGGCCUGCUGUGACCUUGGCUGGGAGACCGUUGGGCUAUUUCUCUGGCUGUUGUGUGGUUUUCCCUGUGUUACUGUGAUUAGAGACCAGCUCACAGUGAGGCUAGUGCUCUGUCAGGAAAUCUUUGAAACUCUUGAACUGAGCUGAAAUAUAAGCCUCGUGUGUGUGGGAGGGGAACUAGACACUCCAGGAAAAAAGGAACAGUCACAUCAGUGUAAAACCCAUUUCUACACUGUUGUGCUGACUGCUGCUUCCUGCUGCUAGUUGUCACUCAGCAGCCUUCCUAGUUGCCGCAGGACAUUUCAUC